CCCUUUUCCCUCUAGCAUGACAAUUAUCGACGGCAGCGUGCCUCCUCGUUCAGCUGUUCUGUGACGUGCCUCUCCAGCGUGCGGUCUUCUUGCUUCAACGAGGAUGGGUGACAAUAAAUGCAAUUUUAUUGUUGCAAGGAAAGGUCGGCGUUGCCGGUUGCGGCCGCUGUCUGGAUCGCACUACUGCGGUGAGCACGUAGUGCUGUCACCGGCGGAAAACGGCGAGCAGGGCCACGAUCGGAUCACAUGUCCCCUGGAUUCGACACACACCUGCUCAUCAGCCCUACUCGACAAGCACCUGAAGAAAUGCAAUGCUAAGAAGAAGGAAGCUCAAGAGUUCUUCAUCAGGAACAUCAACUCAGGAACUCCUGUCCUCUCUGGUGUCUCUUUGCCUGUGAAGACAACACUGAAGCAUGUGAGUGAUGAAAGACUGUGGGAAAUCAUUCACCAGGUGGAAGAAAUAUGCGAUGGUGAUGUGACCGUUCCGGAAAAGCAUGUGGGCCUGCACUGGGCAUUUGAUGGAGAACUGGAGAAGCUGGCCGGCUGCGUUGUUGCCGAGAAGCACCUGCGCCAGAAGGCAGCCCUGCUGAGCUUGGCUGAAAGGCAGGGUUUGCUCACCAGCAACUCGUGCUUUGUAGAGUUUGGUGCUGGACGAGGCCGCCUGUCCUACUGGCUUGCCAAGAUUCUGGCUAAGGACGACUGCCACUUUCUUCUGGUUGACAGGGCAGCCUCCCGCCACAAGUUCGAGAACAAAGUGAAGAGUGACCUAGGUGAUGUCCCAGAAAUCCAACGGCUGCAAAUCGACAUACGGCAUUUAUGCCUUGGAAAUGUCCACCUAGUGAAGGCCCAUCAAAAAAAACUCGUAGGGCUCUGCAAACACCUGUGUGGGGAAGCUACAGAUCUUGCAUUGCGGUGCCUCAUGGAAACAACAAAGCAGCCUUCAGAUGCAGGCAGCAAAGCCUUACUCGGUGUCCAUGGCGUUCUCAUGGCAACGUGCUGCCAUCACCGUUGCUACUGGGACUCCUUUGUGGGGCGUCCCCUACUUGAGGCAUGGGGCCUUGGGCGCCAGGACUUCGACCUCAUCUCCGCCAUGGCCGGAUGGGCCACCUGUGCCGCUAAGGCACCGCAAGCAGGAACCAGUGCUCACCAUUUCACUGAAGAUGUGGGAGGUCUGAAUCGGUAUCUAUGCAUGGGCCUUUCCGUGGAACGCCGCACCGAAGUGGGCCGUCGUUGCAAGCUCCUGCUCGACACAGCCAGGGCGAGGUACUUGUCGGCAAAGUUGAACUCCCGCCUGGUUUACUUCAUUACGCCGGACGUGACCCCUGAGAAUGUUGCAAUCUUAGCGACUGCCAAUGCUUUAUAGUACUCUCUCCCCUUGGUCAGACUAAUCUACAUGUUCUGUCACGGCUGUCUGUAUAGCCUCUCAUAGUGUGCAUCACCACAUCAAAGCAAACUUCUAUGGCUGCAACUUUUGGGUGGGUUAGGUCUUUAGCUAUUGCAGCACAGCCUCCUGGUUUUUGCGCACAUGCGGCUUUGCUUUGUGCAUUUUUUGUACAUAAUACCUACUGGAUCUACAGUCUGUAGCCAAAUGAGAACGGUGUGAAAUUUCUUUUCUCGCUGAUUCAUCAGUGUAGCAUAAAUGUUAAGAAAGGGAACUCGUGAGUCAAUAAAGUUCUUCUGUUUGUUGGUGCUUUCGGGUACACGUUUGUGGCAAUAUGUACGAAAUGACGUUCCUACAUUCGUGCGCUGCGCAAACAUUGUCGUUAUGAGCCACGUCCAACUCGUCCAAGCCUCUACCCUAAUUAUGGCAUUAGUUCAGAAGCUGACAAGUGAUCCUGACAGCAAAGUUAACUUCCAUGAAACUGUUUCAUGGGUGUCUCUAUAAACCAAAAAUAAAGCAUGUUCAUUUGAGCAAC